CUUCGCGCUCCCUCUUUGGGACUCUGACUCUCCGCCCGAGGUUGCCCCCAUCUCCGGCCCGGCCUCCCGGAGCCUACGGGACCUCCGCCCGAGGUCUCCGCGCCCGGCGCCGGCGGUCUCCGCCGCGCCCUCUUCGCCGUCUCUCCGUCCGACGACUCGGUCUCGGCCGCGCAAGCCGCGCCUCUGGUUGCCGUCGCUGCCACGGGCUUUGUCUCCCCUGGCCCGCAGUCCCGGGCAGCUCAGCGCUUUCGGGCUCUCCGUCCCUGGCGCCCUGGUUUUCCGCACCUCUGGACGCGGGCCCCUGGCGGUGCGACUCUGCGGGGCACGCCUCGGAGCUCGGCUCCGGGUUCCGGCGCGUCUCCAAGUCCCCGACCCUCUUGCUGGGCGCCUCCGUCUCCCCAGGUUUUCUCUCCGCGUCUCUGUCACUCUCUCUGCCCCGUCUCCCCCGGUGUCUCUCGUCUCUCGGUCUGUCUCUUGUCUAUCACUGUCUCUCCGACUGUGCAUGUGUUUCUCCCGGGUUGUCUCUGGGCCUCUCUCUCUCGGUGUCUGUGAUUCGGUCUCUUUCGUUAUCCAUCCAUCCAUCCUUCCAUCCAUCUAUCAUCUAUCUAUCUCGUCUCCCUAGGUUUUUUUCCUGACUCGGCAUCGGUGUGUCCCCGUCGCCCGGGUUCUCUCUACGUGAGCAGCGUCGGUCGGGGUAUCGCGCUCGUUCCGGCGGGUCUCUCUGUCUCUCCCAGACUGUCUCUGCCUCCUUCGUCUCUGUCGGGUUCCCAGCACACCUGGGCCGCUCGCCCCACUCUGCCCGGGCUCCCUGGCUCCUGUUUCACCCGCGCCGGAGCCUGUCUCCUUUUCUCAGAAUCGGGGUUUUGUUCUCAGACAAACGAAUCCGGAUCGAAGCGCAUCGAAUCCGAGGGUCCGGGAUCGGGCGCCGCAGCGGCGGCGCGGGAGGAGCCGCGCGGCGGGAGCGCGGGACCCACACUCGGGCUGGGCCCAUGCUGCGCGACCACCUGAGCGCUGCAGUGGGUCCUGCCGCCGCCCCCUUCACCUGGACGCCGCCAGGGCUACCGCAGCGGGCGCUGUGGGCGGACGCCGCGGGCAUGGACUAUUCGUACGACGAGGACCUGGAUGAGCUGUGCCCAGUGUGUGGGGACAAGGUGUCCGGAUACCACUACGGGCUGCUCACGUGCGAGAGCUGCAAGGGCUUCUUCAAGCGCACUGUGCAGAACAACAAGCACUACACGUGCACCGAGAGCCAGAGCUGCAAGAUCGACAAGACGCAGCGCAAGCGCUGUCCCUUCUGCCGCUUCCAGAAGUGCCUGACGGUGGGGAUGCGCCUGGAAGCCGUGCGCGCUGACCGUAUGCGGGGCGGCCGGAACAAGUUUGGGCCCAUGUACAAGCGGGACCGGGCCCUGAAGCAGCAGAAGAAGGCACAGAUUCGGGCCAAUGGCUUCAAGCUGGAGACAGGCCCCCCAAUGGGGGUGCCUCCGCCACCCCCUCCCCCACCGGACUACAUGCUGACCCCCAGCCUGCACGUGCCUGAGCCUAAGGGCCUGGCCUCUGGUCCACCCACUGGGCCACUGGGCGACUUUGGAGCCUCAGCACUGCCCAUGGCCAUGCCCAGCACCCAUGGGCCACUGGCCGGCUACCUCUACCCUGCCUUCCCUGGCCGUGCCAUUAAGUCUGAGUAUCCAGAACCCUAUGCCAGUCCCCCGCAGCCUGGGCCGCCCUAUGGCUACCCAGAGCCCUUCUCUGGAGGGCCCAGUGUGCCCGAGCUCAUCCUACAGCUGCUGCAGCUGGAGCCUGAUGAGGACCAGGUGCGGGCACGCAUCGUAGGCUGCCUGCAGGAACCUGCCAAAGGCCGCCCCGACCAGCCAGCACCCUUCGGCCUCCUGUGCAGGAUGGCUGACCAGACCUUCAUCUCCAUCGUGGACUGGGCUCGCAGGUGUAUGGUGUUCAAGGAGCUGGAGGUGGCUGACCAGAUGACACUGCUGCAGAACUGCUGGAGUGAGCUGCUGGUGUUCGACCACAUCUACCGCCAGGUCCAAUACGGCAAGGAGGGCAGCAUCCUGCUGGUCACUGGCCAGGAGGUGGAGCUGACCACAGUGGCUGCCCAGGCGGGCUCCCUGCUCCAUGGCCUGGUGCUGCGGGCGCAAGAGCUGGUGCUACAGCUGCAUGCACUGCAGCUGGACCGCCAGGAGUUUGUGUGCCUCAAGUUCCUCAUCCUCCUCAGCCUCGAUGUGAAGUUCCUGAACAACCACAGCCUGGUGAAGGACGCUCAGGAGAAGGCCAACGCUGCCCUGCUCGACUACACCCUGUGCCACUACCCACACUGCGGGGACAAGUUCCAGCAGUUGCUGCUGUGCCUGGUGGAGGUGCGGGCCCUGAGCAUGCAGGCCAAGGAAUACCUGUACCAUAAGCACCUGGGCAAUGAGAUGCCCCGCAACAACCUGCUCAUCGAGAUGCUGCAGGCCAAGCAGACUUGAGCCCGGGCCGGCCGGGGCAGGCGGGCCGGGAGGGCGCGGCUACCCGCCGCCUCCGCAGGGCUUAUUCGAUUAGGCCAACCCAGGAGCCCCAUCCCGUAGGCCCCUGACCCUAAGCUCUGGAGCUGUGUGUUUGGGGUGGUGGGUAAGGACGGGCAGGGCCUGGCUGAGGUGGGGUGGCCCUCACCAGCCACUGGCACUUGCCUGCCACUCAGAGUGCCCCAAGGAGGCGGCUGCUACCCACCCCGCCCUCCCCCUGCUCCCAGCUUCUGUCCUGGAGUCUGAAGUGCUGGCUGUCCAGGGAGGAGGUUCGGGAUUCCCUGGUGGGCCUCGAUGUCCCUCGGGUCAGAGGUCAUUCUUUCCCCCUCUGCUAGAAUCAGAGGCAGGGGGAAAGUCGAGCAGGCAUCAACAGGGAUGGCAGGUGGGGGGUCUCCAAAGCUCCCCCAUAGAGGGGACGUAAGUCCUCUGAUUUGUAAACUAGGGAUAAUGGAGUUUGCUAAGUUGGGUAGAGGCUGCAGGCCCUAGAGGACACUGGGAGACUGGUUAGGACAAAAGACCUCUCCCCUACCCCUCUACCCAUCUGACUUCUGCAGGGGAGUCUCUGACCCAUUACUGGAAAAGGAUUUUGUUAUAGUUAACCUUCUGACCCUCUUCUGCCCACCCAGGAAGAGUUGGGUACAGUCAACAGACCAGUCCUGCCCACACCUGGCCAGCCCAGGCUGGUACUAACCUGCAAGGGUGUAGUUAAGAGGGUUUUUCGGUUUUGUUUUUUCCUUCUCUACUUCUCAAUCUCUUAGACAUUGCUUGAAAGGUGUGUGUGCUGGAAGGCAGGGGACAGAUGUGGGGACUGAGCUAGGAAUGGGGAUCAGCACCAAGUACCGCCCAGGCCUUCUCCCUAGACACUUUCCACCAAGACCCAGUGGUGCUGGGUUGUUCCUGAGCCCCACCACAAUACAGAGAAGAGCUGUUGCUUGCCCUCCAGCCCACUAGGUGAGCAGGAGGCACUGUGUGGCUCGGGGUCUCUGUGGGUGGGAGUCUAGGUGAAGGUGGGAGGGCACCUGGGUCUUUGGAUCAGGGCCAAUGCCAGCGAGCCCCUUCCUUGUGGCCUUGGCCCACUGGGUUCCUCACUGCAACCCUUGAAGCUGGGCCUCAGCUGCCUGGACUCCUACCUUGCCUCCCAAAGGAUAUUCUCCAGGGCCAGGAGCUAGGGAGAGGCCUCAACUGUCCUCUGUCCCAGGCUAGACACCCACUGUCUGUCCUGCUUUCGUGUCGCCGUUUGAGCUUGCGCUGAGCCUGCCCAGUCAGACAAGGCUGGAUGUUCCCCGCCUCCACUGCCUUCUGCUGCCCUGUCUCAGUCCCCAUUCUGCCCCUGAAACGUGUGCCCCUGCCAAGGCCAGAGACCCACAGCCCCAAAACAAGAAGUGCCCUUACGACCCCGCCCCUGCCCGGCAGCCUUGGAAUAAAUUUUGCCAUUAGUUUCCAGCCA